UAACGCCCCCUAUUGUUUGGUAUUCUUACAAAUAGACCCCAUAACUUUUCAGACAUCCAUAUUAGGUUGACUCUUUUGCCGUUCCUGUGAACAGAGCCGUCGCCUGAUUAUCUGAACACGCCGGACGCCAUCGUCUAAUAUAAAUUUGUUUUGUUCAAGGAAAAAGUUGCAAGCUUUAAUUUUUCUUCUUUUGGUUGCUAACAUUAGGGUUUUGACUAUGGCGACAAAGUUGCGGAGACUUUUCUCAGCUUCCUCCACUCAUGGCGUCCUCUUGAAGAACCUACCUGUCUCUUUCUUCAGUUGCCGAAGUUUAUGCGUUUCCUCAACAGAGUACACCACCGUUACUGCUUCUCCAUGUGACGGACUAGAGUCAAGUCGUGGAGGAGGUAAUGUUGUUGAGAAAGGGUUUCUAAGAUGGAGAAACGGAGGAGGAACAUACCAUAGCUCAGCCGUAAUUGAUUCCUCGGCUCUGGUUGAGUUUGGAGCAGUAGUUCACGAAAAGGCUAUGUUGGGUGCAGAGGUUCAUAUAGGAUCUAACACUGUAGUUGGACCCUCAGUCAUAAUCGGUCCUUCCACCAAGAUUGGGUAUAGUGUUUCAGUGAGCAAUUGUAGUAUUGGAGAGUUAUGUGUCAUCCAUAAUGGAGUCUGCAUUGGCCAAGACGGAUUUGGGUUUUACGUGGAUGACCACGGAAACAUGCUGAAGAAGCCUCAAGCUCUAAAUGUGAAGAUAGGGGAUCGUGUUGAAAUUGGAGCAAACACAUGCAUUGAUCGGGGCAGCUGGAGAGAUACCGUGAUUGGGGAUGAUACUAAGAUAGACAAUUUAGUUCAGAUAGGUCACAAUGUGAUUAUUGGCAAGUCUUGCUUGCUCUGUGGCCAAGUAGGCAUUGCUGGAUCAGCGGAGAUUGGUGAUUAUGUAGUUUUAGGUGGACGUGUUGCUGUUCGAGACCACGUCACAAUUGUAUCCAAGGUUCGACUAGCUGCAAAUAGUUGUGUCACCAAAAACAUUAGUGAAACAGGAGAUUUCGGUGGCUUUCCUGCUGUUCCAAUUCAUCAAUGGAGAAGGCAGAUUGCUGAAGCUCAGAUCUCGAGCAAGAGGAAACCAUAACUUAUCACAUUAACCAAACUCUUAGUUUUUGUAACCAAACAUUAUCUUAUGUUUUCCAUACACUC